UUGCUUAUCUGUGACUAGCUCCGGAUACCGAAUCUUUCAUUCACUCUUUGAUUCCAGUAUUUACUAUUUCCAGUCUUACUUCAGUUUACUUCACAUACUAUUGUUUGUGGUUCGGUAAUAUCGCCGGAAUCACAUUCUAAUAUUAUUUAUUUGUUAUAACUCGUUUAAUAACUCUAAAACAAUAUUAUGAGCAAUAUAUUUAAACUUAAACUAAGUGCUUUGGGCCACCCCAAUCCAGCUGAUUUUAAUUGCGAUGAUGAAAAGGAAUACAGGAGUGUCGUUUUGUGGCUGGAGGAUCAGAAGAUCAGACAUUACAAAAUUGAAGAACGAGAUGGAUUGAGGGGCAUCGAAAACGAAAGCUGGAAGGAAGCAUAUGAUACAUAUCAACGGGACUUGGUUAGUCCAGUUGCUGAGGGAACUCCCAAUGAACAAUUAAACUGGAUAUUGUCUUACGCUGUAAGACUAGAAUACGCUGACAAUGUUGAGAAGUACAAAAAUGCUAAGGUAGAAAAACCAAAGCAGGCUGCACCAAAUGUGGUUUCCUCCAAUCCUCUGGAUAAUCUUGACUUUUCAAGUCCAGCAUUCAAAAGUGGAGUUGAAAGAGUAUCAACACUGGCUGGAGUUGGCCCACACCCUGACCCAAAAUUCAGAUUAUCAGCUCUUGCUAAAAUACUGAAGACGUCACCACACCCUGAGCCACCAAGUUCAGAAGUUAAUUUAGUUGAACAACCCAGUGAUGUCUUGAAGUUGCUAUUUGUUCAGGAUUUAAGAGAUUUACAAACUAAGAUCAAUGAGUCCUUAGUUGCUGUGCAGACUGUGACAGCAGACCCUCGUACUGACACCAAACUAGGACGAGUAGGAAGAUAAAAAUGUUGGAUGUUAUUUGGGCAUCUGGCGGUUAAACCAUCUAGUCUGAGCAUUUCAGAAUAUUUUAUUCUAUCUACUUUUAAGCGGCUAUUUAUUAAUGUAUGAUUUCUUGCUAAAAAUAAUUUUAAUUAAUUAAUUUAAGUAACACAAUAAUUAUCUAAUUUAACAAACAGCUUGCAAUAUCCAGAUGCCCAAAUAAUGUAGUACAUACUUGCAACAUAAAAUUAAGUUACGUGAAUCUUUAAGAUGUUUCUGAUAAAUGUAGAUAUGUGCAGACUUACCUAGACUACAACUGCAAAUGAACUGAUUUGUUAUAUAUUUACAUCUAAUAAAUAAAACAAUUAUUUAAAUAUG